AUGUUGAAGUCUCGGUUACAGGAGGCUGAGAAAGCUGUUGGUGAGGACAAUAAUAGUGAUUGUGUUAAUGGUAGUUGUUUUGUUGUUCAGUCAGUGCCCGAGAGGAGCACGAGAAGUAAGGGGACCAAGAAAUCUUCUGGAGGAAUCGAUGAGCUUCCGGAUCCAGAAUCGGAAGAAUUGGUUGCCUGGCGUCUCCGGUCGCAAGAUCUAGAGCAAGAACUGGACGAUCUCAAACGUGAUUACCAACAGAUGGAAACUGACUGGUCCAACAGGCUCGUCGAAGAGCAGGGCAAUAGAGCGUUGCCGAUCGUCAUGGUCGCCACUUGUGUUGCACUAACAGUGGGAGCUGGAAGUGUAUACGCUGUAAACCAUUACCAUCACAAGGACAGAUUGAAGAUGUGCGAGAGACAACUAGAGUUUGAGAAUCGCAUCGCUUCGCUUGAUCGAGCCUAUACCGAAACCCUUGCCGAUUUAGCGGCCACAGAAAAAGCCUUGGAGUCAGCUAACGCCGAGGUCGUUCGGUUACAGCAACCUCUUCAAAAAGGAGAUCAAAACUCUGCAUGGUGGAAUUCUCUCAAGUUUUGGUGA